CUCUUGGAUCCGCAGUUUCGGAGUGGCGAGCUCGCGUUCGUCAGUGAUUCGCAAACCGUUGGUGAACGCGUUCAACCCGUCCCGUCGCGCGUCGCGUAUAGAUUAUACAUAUUCGCGUCGAAGCUGUCCCAAAGUCCGCGUCCUGAGUUCCGAACAAUCCGUCGAGAAGUAGAGAAGCUCAGACUCGGCUUAAGGGCAGCUAGUAAACGAUCUGGGAAUGGCUUUCAACGGCGAUGGACCGCACUCGAAGAGGCAACGUCUCGAGGAGUCGGGGCACAGGAAUCACGAGUACGGAGGUUACGGAGAUGAGCCACGAAGAAAGAGGGAGGACAAUAACAAGCCCAACCACGUCCUGCUGUUCACAGUAAUCAACCCCGUCUAUCCAAUUACGGUGGAAGUUCUUCACACAAUAAGCGUACCGAGCGGUCAAGUACAGAGAAUCGUUAUAUUCAAGAAAAAUGGCGUACAAGCGAUGGUGGAGUUUGAUUCUGUCGAGUCAGCAACACGAGCGAAGGACACCCUCCAUGGCGCCGACAUCUACUCAGGUUGCUGCACCCUGAAGAUCGAUUACGCCAAGCCUACCAAACUGAACGUGUACAAGAACGACGCCGAGAGCUGGGACUACACAACACCGACGUUAGGCACCAGCGCCCACAAAAACGACACGGCGGGCAAUGGAAGGCCUGCGCCUCUACUGGCAGAGCCUAGAUAUGGUGCAGCACCGCAGCCAUAUGGUUCCACGCCGCAAGUCGCAUUCCCACCUGGGGCCACCCAUGAUCGUUAUGAAGAGGGUUUCAAUGGCCCUGCAACGUAUCCUGAACCAUACGUAGAACGAUAUGGGCUUAAGAAUGAUUUUGGUGGUCGAGAACCACUUCACCCGACUCCACCUCGUCCAGGAUACGUACCAACACUUGGACAGACGCCGCCAUCCACCACACAAGGCUCCGUCAUGAUGGUUUACGGACUUCAACCUGAUAAAGUGAAUACAGACAAGCUAUUCAACUUGUUCUGUCUUUACGGGAACGUUACAAAGGUGAAAUUUCUGAAAACUAAAGAAGGCUGUGCGAUGAUUCAAAUGGGCGAUAGUAUAGCUGUUGAAAGGUGUCUACAGAAUUUAAACAAUGUUACAAUCGGUGCUGAGGGCAAACUGCAGCUUGGUUUUUCAAAACAGGCAUUUCUCUCCGAUGUCACAAAUCCUUACAGCCUGCCUGACAAAACGGCCAGCUUCAAAGAUUUUACAGGGAGCAAGAAUAACAGAUUCUUAAACCCGGCAAUGGCAAAUAAAAAUAGGAUACAGCCACCAUCGAAAAUAGUUCAUUUCUUCAAUACACCUCCGGAUCUCACUGAGGAGACGGUAAAUCGCGUAUUUAUGGAACGUGGCAUAGAAACGCCAACUACAGUUAAACUGUUCCCACUAAAGUCCGAACGUUCUUCAUCCGGACUUAUCGAAUUCAGCAGUGUUGGAGUAGCGGUAGCAGCAAUCAUGGAGUGCAACCAUACAGCACUUGAAAACAGCAAUGGAAAGUUUCCGUACAUCAUGAAGCUCUGCUUCUCAUCAUCGCGCACCAUACCGACCAACUUUCCACCAAGCAGUAGCGGAGUAGCGAGUAAUUCAUCUGGGAAUGGGCACAUCAAAAUGCAGCAGGAUUCCGAAUAGAACGGAGAAACCCAGGGCCAGCGUCAGCGCCAGCGCCAGCGCCCCUCUAUUGCCCUGCAUCCUAUAUGCGCCGCUCCCAUGCCGGCUCUGCAUCCCGCAACGAUUGCUCUUUCUCCGGUUCCUACCCCUCUGCCACCCGCAUGCCUUCUUAUCGCUGCGCCUGCCCUGUACCCUGCUGUCCCUCCACCUCCUCCUCCCCCGCUUCCGGCAUUUUGGCCAUACUGAAACCAGGUUCAUUAGUUGGUUAACGGGUGGAAAGAAAGUUGGCGGUAGAUUGGGGAAGUGAUGAUCUGCGAUGACAAGACUUUUGGGCGUGUGGAAGAAUUUGAUAUUUAGUCGAUGUUUAAACAAUUGACUUUUGGCAUAACUGUUGUGUGUAACAGUGCAUUGAGAUAAGCAUUAUACCUAGAUGCUUUAGAAUUUAUUCCAAAGGAUUACAUAUCUUAUAUUUAGGACUAUCGGCGGAACCCUUGCUUGUAAUUCGCUGCAUCGAUCCAGGGAAGGUGUAGAAAAUUAGAAUAAUAUUAAUUUAGCCACAUAUCAAACGGGGACGUAACGACGGGAAAUAUUUAUUGAAAUUCAUCUGUCGCAGAUCAAACGAGAGACACGACACUUCCUUCUUUCCGUUCACCUGUAAUGAAAAUUUGGUGAAUAACGUCUUAUACAUGGCAGUGAUGUUGAAAGGAAUUGAUUCUUUGCGCUGGUUUAACCUUAUGUAAGAUAAAACUAAUCUGCUCUUAUGUUACAUAUUGAUAAUCUUCCCAUCAUUCAUGAAGCAAUUUUUCACAUCUCUAAAUGAUAUAACUUCGUAAAUGUGAAAUCACGGUAAUUGUCGAGUAACGGUUAUCAACAACUUAGGGAUCUUUUUUUUUUUUGGGGGGGGGUUUUUCAAUUAAUUUUUGUAAAGUUUGGAACAAAUGGGUGUGGAUUUUCCUAAAGCAACUGUUGCAUGAAAAUACAAUAAACUUUUUCAGUAAAGAAAAAUGUGUUAUUGCAUGAAAUAUCGACAUUUUUCAACUAUAUCUCCAAAUAUUGGAGAAACCUCACCAAGCUUCAAACAAAUCUCAAGUGUCGAGAUGUGAAAGUUUGUCAAUGCCAGUGGAAGAAUUCGUUUGGAAAUAAAAAUCUUUUGCAUGGAUUUUAUAUCAUGGGACCUGAUAAAUAAUAAAACCAAAAGUAUAUAUAUCCGUCUAUGAAGGAGAUUAAUCGGGUUUGUCCGUUAUUAUUAGAUUCCUUUGAUAUAGCUUGGAACCGUUGUAUCAGUGCUCUCUAUGAUGCAAAAAGAUUGGGGAUUAGACGCGUUAGUAAUGAAAACGAAAGUUUUUUUUUUUAAAUUAAACAUUAAACAAGACUGCUGUUUAUAAGAAUGUCAAGUUGACCAGAAUCUCGCCACGACAUUGUUCCUAAGAAACGAAAACAAUCCCUCAGCUGUAGUGUUCAAGUUGCGAGGACUAGACUUGUUGCCGAAAACCUUGAUGCAAAAAAAGUGAGUAACCUGAAUCCCCUCUCAAUCGCACGAUCGGAUUGAAGAGUGUGAAUUGAAAUUCCAUAUAUAUAUCUAUAUCUAUAUAUACUUGUAUAUAAUAGAUUGGCAUACAUAAAUACAUAGGGUGCAACUAUACAUACUAUGUGUAGAUGUGUGCCUUCCGGGAGAAAAAUCAAGGGGACAAAAAAUAAUAAGACAAAUACUGAUGUGAAAAACACAAUGCUGUAGUGUCUCCCAGUAAUAUUUUGACAGACUGUGGGACGUUUUUAUAAAAAAAAAAAAGAAAUACACACACACAAACACAUAAAAUAAUAAUAAUAAUUUAAAAACACAAAAAAAAAAGAAAUUUUUUUAGAAAAGGUGUUUCUAAAACUUCGAAGCGAACCAAAUGACUAUACUGAUAUAAAUAUACAAUCUUGACUCGGCCAUACGUAUCGUAAGGAAAAGGGAUAAUUAUUAUUAUACCCUUUUAACGCGUAAAGAAUAUCCGCAAUUUUGUCCAUUGAUCGUGAGUGAACUAACAAAUGAAGUAUAAUUUAAUUAAGUAAAAAAAAAAGAAAGGAAAUAACAGAAGUUUAUAUUCGAGGCAAUAUUUGUUACAAUACAACUAGAGAGUAAGUUGUACAUCGUUUAGGAUCCGACCCAAUGAAGCUUAAAAGGAUCCCAUAAUGAUUGCUGAAAGCAACAUACUAUAUGACACAUGUGUAAAUUACACAUUCGUAUGUAUACACUAUAUAUACAAUACACUACGUAUUGUAUAUAAAGGACUAUGAAUUCAAUAAGGACACUUCUUUUCUUUUCAUCACACGACGAUGUAUAUUGAUGCGAAAUAUGUGAAAUUAGGUGGAUGUGAGAUUUGUGCGAAAUAGUAGCCUAAUAACGAUUAAUGGUCAUCUAUCGGUGCAUGAUAUUUAAGAAUUGUUUGAAAAUUGUUUCAAUUCCUGUUUACGAAAUAUUAUAUGAUGCAUAAAUGUAUUUUGCUGGUUCACCCCUCCCUUCUUCCCGGUUUAAACUUAAAAAAUAUAUUUUAAUCUUCUCCGGAAGUAACUUUACCCUAUAGUUAUUUGUUUUUUCUGUUUUAAAUUAUCAAUAUUAUUAAUAAUAUUGACCAUUUCACGUCACAUUCUCACGUUAUUAUCGCAUAAGUAGGUUUCCUUUAUUUUAUUGCCUAAUUCGAAGUUUAAGUUUCUAUGAGAAGACUAACAUAUGUCAUUUAUUGUCGUUGAAUAGUCGUAUGUUUUUUUUUUUUUUUUCAUAUAGUGAUCACGUUUUUAAGACAUGUAAGGGUAGUCUAUAAGCGAUUAGAAAGCGUAAGCAUAUCAUAAAAAAAUUUUGUAGAUAUAUAUAUGUAUGUGAUGCGAAAAUAAAAAAUGAAAACUAGGCUUCAAUUCAGGGAUGUGAUAACGGGCGAUUUAACUUGAUGCUUUUUUGUUGGUCCUCCGCUAAAUGAAAUAAAUUUUAAUGAAUUAGGAAAACAGAAAAUGCAAUACCCCACGUUUUCAUCCUACAUUUCUCUGUAUACCGACGUUAUCACUUUCCUAGAGGAUAUCAUGAAUUUCCUAAUUGGAAGUCUAAUUUAAUGUGAUGUACAUUAGGCAUUCGGUUAUAACGAGAUGCUUAUACUAGAAAAAAAAUUUAAUAAAAAAACAAACUAAAACUACACAUAGAACACACACUUUGCAUGCAAGACUGUUGCUUAUUUUCUGAUACUUUACCUGCAAACUUAUAGCUGGGGUAAAGUGAAUUUGUAUUACACGUUACAACGAACACACGACACGCUACUGAGCAGUACUUCUAACUGGAAAUGCAAUGAAGUUGUAAUAAAUUACUGCAAGCGUUUUUGAGUAUAAGAAUGUAAUGUACAUACAUGUAAUUGGUGUUGAUGCAUUUCAAUAACUUUCUUUAAAGACCCCUAAAAUUUUUCAAUAAUAAUUUUUAUGCCAAACUAUUCAAUUAAUUUUGGUAAAUCGUAGAUUUCUACGAUAACAAUCUAUUAAUGAUAAUUUUACUUUGUUACUGAAACGAAGCAUCUAUUAUUUCGUGUAUUCAUCUACUUCUUAAAAUCGCUCAGUAGUUAAAUGUUCCAGGUAGAAUAUAACUCGAGGUUCCGAACAUAACACAAAAGUUACGCAUGUACAUCAAUAACAACAAACUCGAGGUUGUAAGAUAAAAACCUAAUCUGUGUCGAUAAGUAAUUAUAAAAACAAUUUGUUUAACUCUAUUACCAAUACAUAUCCCAUCUAUAUGUAUAUAUUUGCGAACGCAUGAAAAUACAAUUUAUUGAUUAUUAUUAUUAUUAUUAUUAUUAUUAUUAUUAUUAUUAUUGCGAUUAUUAUUAUUGUUUAUAGUUCCAAUUUUCAAAAAAUUGGAAUAUAUAUAUAUAGACAUAUUGAAUGGAUAUUGCGUUUAAGGCAUUAAGUUAAUCUUUGUAGUUAGUUAGAUAGAUCGUAGGUACAUAUCGUUAACAUUAUUAUUAUUACUAUUAAUAUUAUUAUUAAAUAUUAAUUAUUAAUAGUAAGUAUUGUAUAGAAAUGUUACGGCAGAUGCGUUUUGGUUCGUUUUUUUUCUCAAUUCUCAUACUGCUUCUCUCUUUUUUUCAAAAUUUUAAUGUAAUAAUGGAUUACUCAGACGAUUAUAACUUAUGUUACUAUUGUUAUUGUUGUUGACAGAGUGAGAAAAUUUAAAGGAUAACAACAGUAAUGUCUCAAACUUAGCUAUGCAGACUAAUUCAGCGUCUUGAUUGGUGUCUUUUUGUUACUUGAUUAUUGCUGUUGAAGUACAAUAUUUGACAUUGAAAUAUCUUAGGAAAAUUAAUGUAGGGUACAUAUUUACAACAAUAUUUUGAAAAAUUCUGAACUCGACGAUUUUAUUAUUGUCAGUGAUGAACAUAUUCGUACGAAUGGUGGCGGCGGCGUGGACGGCAAUAUUAUAUGUAUGCGUGGGACAAAUAGAUACAUCAAAUGUGUACAUCAAAGAAAACAAGCCAAGACGCAGCAGCCUUUAGCAAUCCCAAGUAUUACCGGUGACAUACCCGUCUGCUCCACAUAUCAGGUCGUAGGUAUUCUAUGCACCAUGACGUGUCAUAUCAAUAUUUAUAUUCCGCUCCCUCUCCUUUCCCUAUAAAAACAUUCGACUUUUAUUUCGCGAAAAACAAGAUGAAAAAUUCUUAUUUAGAAACGACGUACACUGCGAAGUACUAAUCACUCCAUGCCCCAUCCUUUCUCCUCUUAUUCCUCCUCUCUUUAUGGCUCUGGUUUUCACCUGCUCCAUUAAUCAGUUUCUAAAAUCUGGUCCAAAAAAAAAAAUAGGAAACUGUCUACUCUAUGCGCCGUCUUCCCAUUGCUGCAUCAAAAGACAAUUUUAGAUUAUAAAGAAAAAAAAUGAAAAAAAAAUCAUAAGGUUUGUUGACUAUACGUUACAUACUGCAUAUAUACAUAUAUAUGUAAUACUACAUAGGAACGUGCAAAAUUUGUUAAAAAACAAAAAAGAAAAAAGAAAGAAAUGAAAAAUAAUCUUAGUGCUGUGUAUUUGGAGAAUAACACGGAGUAGCAAUGCUGACCAGUGUCGCGAAAACUACCCUUUCGCCCAGACUGAACUGUCAAAUAUUAUUAAAUCGACAGUGUAUAGGCGUAGAAUUAAUCAGCUCGGGGCUCAAAAUAGAAAUACUAUAAUUGAAAAAAAAAAUUGUCGAUUAAAGCAAAGAAAAGCAUAGUUGCAAAAGUCCUGUAAUAUAUCCAAAUAAAGUUAGCUUGUCGCUAGUUUUGAAUCUAGUAUCUGCCAACUUCUUUGUGUACUCUUAAUGCUGCUCGGUUAUUGACUGACGGUCGCAGGCUCUCUAUUUCUUGUACGACAAUACGCUAAUAAUAUUGAUAUUAAUGAAGAACGAUUUAUUUAUUUAAAUCACAAUCUGUGAGACGUAGUAGGUAUAUAUAUAUGUAUGUAUAAAUAAUUGAAACUAGAAACGAAAAGUUGUGUAAUCGAACUCAUUCCUAGUAUUAGCCAUCUGUAUUAAACUACGAGAUCACAACGGAUAAGAAAGUAAGAAAACGAAAAAAAAAAACAAAACAAGAAAAUGAAAAAGAAACAACAAACAAAAAUAAUUGUAUUGAAAUAAUAUACCUAUCUACAUAACCAAUUAUCGCACCGACACAACACUAACACAACUUACAUGAGAUAUGCUAAUAAUAGUAAUAUCUUUAUUACGAAGCAAAAUGAUGAAACAAAAACACAAACAAGCAAAAAAAAACAAUUAUGUAUAUUAUACUAAUAUGUGUCGUAUGCUCUAAUGUUGUUU